AUGAAUUGCCGCAAGAACCGUGGGGACGAUCUCUCGAGUGAAAAGAACUGUCAGGUUGGGCUGAUCCUUGGGACUUUAGGACGGCAGGGCAGUGUUGGAGUCCUCGAGGAAAUCGAGCAACUCUUGCAGAAACGAGGUGUGGCCCACUUCAUCAUCCUCCUGUCGGAGAUUUCGCCAGAGCGACUGGCACUCAUGUCUAAAGUAGAUGCCUGGGUCCAAGUGGCUUGUCCUCGCCUCUCGAUGGACUGGGGAAGCAGCGCUUAUUCGAAGCCCAUGCUGACAUCUUAUGAAGCUCAUGUUGCCUUUGGUGCUUGA